AAAAAAAAAAAAAAAAAAAGCAGCAGCAGCAGCAGGGCGGGGAAGGACGGUGACCUUACAGCCUCCAGUCUGGCACCAGUACAGGCUUUUACCAGCCGAGCCUGCUGGGACAAACGCAGACAUAGUAGCUAAAAAGUCUUAAACCGUCGUCGCUCCUGGGUUUUGUUGUUUUAUUUUCAGCAGCCAUGAGCAAGGACAAGCAGAGCAAGCAGGUGCCGGAGUCCACCCCACCUCUCUCCCCAUCCAAAGGCCAGAAACCCCCAAGGAUGCCCAAGUGCUCCCGCUGUAGGAACCACGGCUACGUGUCUCCCCUGAAGGGACACAAGCGCUUCUGCAACUGGAAGGACUGCCAGUGUCCCAAGUGUAAACUGAUAGCCGAGAGGCAGAGAGUCAUGGCGGCCCAGGUCGCCUUGAGGAGGCAGCAGGCUCAGGAGGAGGAGCUCGGGAUUUGUAGUCCGAUGACUCUGUCGGUCCCUGAGGUGCUAGUGAAGAAUGAAGCUGGAGCGGACUGCCUGUUCUCUGUGGAGGGACGAUCCCUGACACCCACCAGCAUAUCCACUUCUGCUGUUGCUGUCACAGGGAGUCGCUCGGCAUCCUCCUCCAGCCCAUCAGCCGCCGCCAGGGCUCACACCGAGGGAGCGUCCGACCUGCUGAUGGAAACCUCCUAUUACAAUUUCUACCAGCCUCCACGCUACCCUGCCUACUACAGCAACCUCUACAACUACCAGCAAUACCAGCAGGUGCCCCAUGGUGAUGGCCGACUGUCCGGCCACAACAUGUCCUCUCCGUACCGCAUGCAUUCCUACUACCCAGCAGCCACCUACCUGACUCAGGGCCUGGGCUCCUCCACCUGUGUGCCGCCCCUCUUCAGCCUGGAGGACAACAGUUACAACAACAACAACAACAACAACAACAACAAUUGCUCUGAAACCAUGGCAGCCUCUUUCUCACCCAGCAGCAUCACCGGCGCUCACGACUCCACCAUGACCUGCGGGUCCAUCAUCUCCCUGGUUAACUCUGUCGUCAAGCCUGAGGCCAGCGACGAGACGGCCAACUUCUCCAACUCCAUCGCCGACACAUCCGCCACCAAAUAAAGAAGCUAAGGAUAUGACAAAAGCAUUAUGAGAUCAGUUGAGAAAAAAAAACAAGUUGUUCUUGAAAAACAGUUUCAUAGUUCAGUGUUGCUUCAGGUUUCUCUGUUUCUGUCCAAAAAGCACAUAAAAAACAUAUAAUCCAUAGUGUCAUUGAGAUUUUAGUUCAUUUAUAACAGCUGUUAAAUCUUUUGCUGAAGCCAGUUCACCAGCAGAGAAAAUGAAACAAAAAACAAAAAAAGAUUUUCAAGUUCACAAAUAACAUGCAAAUAUCAGAGAAACGUUGUUUUGAAAGUUGAGUAAAUGUACAGUAAAUGAAUCUCUUAAUUGUCAGUAAUCAAGGUUGGGCCAAAUUACUGAAAGUUAACGGUGACUAGAAGAUAAAAUGACACAGUUUUGCAGAAUAAUGAUAUUAAAGUCCUUUCUUUCAGUAAAUUGACUAGUGCAGUUUUCACACAGUAUCAGUCAUGAAGUGUUUACAUUAACAGUGAGUUAGUAGAGAUCUGUUCAGUUUAGUUUAGUUUAGUUUAGUUCAGUGCAGUUGGAUAUUAGUGGACUGUUUUUGACAAUCAGAUUUCAGGCUUUGAGAUAGAUUUUUAGACAAACUGGAGCUCUGUUACUGCACGUCUCAAGCACUUAUUUAGAAAAUGUCAGAAGUGAAUUUUGGCCAAAUGUCAGUAUGUGCAUUAAUUUCUUGUAAUUUUCCCCUGGUUGAAAUGCACUACAUACUGUUAUUAUUAUGAGUUUGUGAGCUUUUGAAAUAGACUAAAAAAGUUGACCCCACCUUUCUGGUGCUUCGUGUUUUAAAAGACGUCCAGACAUCUCGGUUAAAAUUGGACUACAUUUUUGUCUGAGCUGCAACAAUCAGUCGAUUAAUGGAUUAGUUGAUUGACAAAAAAAUUAAUUGACUAUUUUGAUAUUCGAUUAAUAAUUUUAGACAUUUUUCAAGAAAAAAAAACUGACGAUUUGUGUUUCUAUGUCAUAUCACUGUAAAAUAAAUAUCUUUGUUGGACAGAUUAAUCAAGACAUUUGAAGAUAUUAACUUGAACUCUCCACUUUGUGUAGACAAAGCAAUUAAUCGAUUCAUCUGAAAAAGUAAUCAACUGAUUAUUUGUCUUAAAACAACACUCAGCAGUUUGUAUGGACACUGAAAGAGGUUUUUCUGGCUGUAAUCCUCCGUCUUGUUCAUACUGUCCUGUUCAUAAUGCACUUUUAAUGGAAGUGAUGGGGGACAAAAUCUGAACUUAAUCUGAAGCUUCAGUUUAUCAAAUGUGAGUUAAUCAAAUGAAGUGGACAUCUUCCGAAGUUACACUCUUGUCUUUGUGUUUCUCUGUUGAGCUGCAGUCGAAGCACCGUAACAAAAACACAGAGCUUGGUGCUGUAAAGACGUAACUUUCAAAGAUGUCCGUCGGACUGCUUUAUCUUCAGAUAAACUUUGAAAUGUAAUUUUGCACAAAAUGGUGACUGUGAAUUUUGGUCCCCAUCACUGAAAACAUGUGACGAAUGGAUCUGUUAAUGUCCAGUACGAAGAGGAGGAGCGAUUACAGCUGGAAAAAACCUGCUUCAGUCUUCAUACGGGCACCUGACCUUUGUUUUAAGACACAUUUGAAAAUUGUGACCUAAAGUUACAUAUUUCUGUGUGUAGUUAGGACCCAUUUCUUUUUGAUAUAUUGUCAUUAAGAUGCCGUUGAAGACUGCAGACAUUACAUAAACUAUAUUAUAACCCUCUCCAAAUUACCUCAAACAUACAAGCAUCUGGAAUAAUCUGGAAUAAUCUAAUAAUGAUGGCUGUUUAUAAACCUGGAGGAUUUAUCUGUCCAGUUCCAUUUAAAACAUCCACUUUUAAACAAAUUUAGCCCAGAUUUGUACGUGGACAUCUUCUUACCUGCACCAUUGAAAACAGUCAUUUAUCCCUGAACAACAGAUCAUCAGAUCGUUGUAUUAAAGUCAGCUGAGUUUGAAGAUGCUAAAACUUUUUUUCCCCUUUGUCUGUGAAUUAAGGUUUAAAGCAGAAAACACACUGUCCGAGACACUGAGAAUAUCCUGAGUGCGACUGGAGCGUUAGCAGGGAGUAAAAAAACAACAAAAAAAAUAACACAACAGGCAGGUUAGACAUGAAUCAUUGUGUUCUGUGUCGGCGGGUGAUGAGCAUCGCCUGCUUAUUUAUGGCACUGAUCCACCGGUGUCAUUUAUUCCACAGGAUUUGCAUGUCUAUUGUACAAUUAACCCCUUCAGUGCGGGAGGUCUUCUAUGCGCACGGAUUACUGUUUACGACUUUCACACACUCAGGUAGAUGGAGAUGCAGCAGAGGCUGAGGGGCUGAAUUUGUGAUGUGCAGAGCUCAAGCAAUAAGCCGAUUAAUUGAUAAAUCGAUCCAGAAAAGGAAUCAGCAACUAAUUCUGAUAAUCAUUUAAGGCAUUUUCAAGCUAAACAUUUGUUGUUUUCAGCUUCUUAAAUGUUAGAAUUAGUAGUUUAAUGGUAAAUUUUAUAUUUUGGGGAUUUGAACUGUUGAUUGGUUUGAAGAUGAGACACUUUUCAUUGUUUUCUGAUGCUUUACGGACCAAAUAACUAAUCCAUUAUUAAUCAGAGAAAUAACAGAUUAAUCCAUAACAAAAAUGACUGCUGCAGUUGCAGCCCUUGUAAACUCUACAGUUGUGCUUUUAACAGAUAGAAUAUCGUGCGUUAACAUUUGCAUAUAAACAGUAAUAACUCCAACACAAACUCACUUCUGUUGUUUUUUUUACUUCAUGAACUAAUGAAAGAAAUCCUGCGUUGCCCACUUUUCAAUUGUGCUGUUUAAGUGUUAAUUAAAAAACAACUCAGACGAGAUUUUUUCUUUCCAACUUCCUGCUGUUGUGACGCUGACUAGCUCACCGCUGUACUGUAUAUUCUUUAUGCGUUUUGUGUUUUAUGGAGAUUCGUUUUGAACUGCAUGCUUUGAAAGUGUUUAUUUGUGUUUGUGUUUGAAUAAGACAGCAGCAAAAGUAAUUUGGAGUCUCUGAGUUUAUGUUGCUACAAGUUUUAGGGAAAUAAAAACGCUCUAAGUGAUGGAGUGUAAAUGUGAUGGCGUGCUGGGAACAACAAUAUAAAACCGACUCAGAAAAUUACUUGUAUUUUCUUUCUGCUGCGCUGUGGGAACAUUCAUUGGAUUCUGCCCCAUCUGUUGUAAUCAAUAACGUGACCAUCUUGUUUUUUUAUGAAACGCACUUACUCUUAAUUUCAUCCACCAGUGGUUUUAGAGAGAAGAAUGUGGAGUUACCUAUGAGGCUUUGACAUUAUAAAUCACCUCUUGAGACCAGAUUGUACAGCAGUAUCGAUUGAUCCUGAUAUAUCACAGAAAUUUACUGUCACUUCUGUUUUCAAUUAAAGAUACAAUCAGUCAGAUAA